CGCCAAGGAACAAAAAUGGAGGGCAAGACUCCUGUGACACCUAAACCUCUCACGCCUUCUCAAAAACAACUUGUGAAGAGACAGUUGGAGCUCGAGCACUGGAAGAAACACUCAAAACAUCUCCGAAGCCGUAAUGUGAUCACAGGACUUGCUAUCGGAGCUUUUGUGGUGGGUUUGUUCAGCUACACCAUUCUCUCAGUGAAACAGGAGAAAAUCAUGGAUGACAUUGAUGGAGAGGCAAAGAUCGUCAUUAUGAAAGGACCCCGGACAGGGGCAAACUCUUGACCCUUAUCUGUCGUUCUUCCUUUCAUUUAAUGGACUUAUAAAAGGGUUGUUCACCUUAUAACAUGAUCUUCUGUCCAGUUCUUUGCGUUUGCUUCUUCUAUAUUAAUGUGGUUCUUAUAAACAAUAUAAACAAUGACAAUGAAAUUAUAGGACAGUUAACUGUUAAUCGGGUGCAUAUUCUUCAAUAAGGAACGGUGUCGAUAUUUAUGUUAUUAAAUAAAUAUAUUAUAUAUGCUA